AAGAGAUCCACUUGUUUUGUCAGAGAACCUACGUAACUAAAGCAACAAAUAGACUGUAAUGCCAAUCAAUACUUUUGGUCCUUGGUUCUAGCAUUUAAAUUUAUACAAGCAGUGGAGCCGAUUCCCACCCGUUCCUCGAUCGGCGGUGAAACUGAAGUUCGCAUCGCCCGAGUAGAGCUAGUUUCCUCGCGUCUUCCUCGUCAGUCACACCUCGAUCGCUCCGCGCGACCUCGGCUCUCUAAAUGUUAUCCUUUUUCAUUUCUGUCGGCUCGAUCGUUGCUCUGUCUUCCCUCGUCCUGCCAACCCUUGUCCUCGACACUUGUCCUGUCAUUUGGCAAUAUUUCUACCCUUGUUGCUCGCGCGCUGCCGACAUUUCUUGUAUCUUUGCCGUCUUUAUAAUCACAUCACCGCUAUCGUCGUUUAGCGUGCUUGUAAUUGGCCUGUCAUUACAUCUAGUGAUAUGCGUUUUCGGACUUUUUCUUCACAAACAAGCUUGAUCUUUAAGCCUACGCGCUUUGCGCUUACAAUGCUUUUCUCUGACUAAAACUGUAUGGUCGCGGUCUGGUUGUCCAUGAUCAUUCUCACUGGCGUAAUUUCUCAAGGCUUACGUUCUUGAAUUCGUUCAGGCAGUCCUAGAAGCUCGCGUCUAGCGCGCAUCAUAGUACUACAGUCCGUUUUUGUAUUUCCAUCAUACAGCGACACCAUCUACUCCUCCUGUGACUGAUUUUCGAUAGCUCAAAAAAUCCUCUUCACAGGUUUGCAAUUGUUUAAUCAUGGCUGCUUCGUCGUUCUCGUCACGCAUAGCUAAUUUCCGUCUCUGAGCAUCUAGCAACCUCGAGGAAUCUACCAGAAAACUGAAACCCUCCCACUGUGGACUCACCAGUACUGCCAACUUAUAGCGACAGCUUCGCGGCAUACCACAUCCUUUCCAAUGCCACACGACUACUUGUACGCAGUAUCCUUAUUUCGUUUCGUUCCAUCCUCUGUUUUUCAAAGUCGUACCCUCUGCUUACUUGCCUUUGUCCCUAUCCUCGACAAUCCCUUUCCCAGCUCUUCGAGACCAAAGGUUUGCCGGUUCACAAUGCGUUUCUGUUCAUCUAUCGCUGGUUUAAUGUUCUGCCAAUAUAUUGCAACCACCACGCUUUAAUUUGGCAAAUAAACUCCAACUCACCGUAGUCGACUCUAACGACUGGCAUCGCCGUAAACCUUUGUACAGCGAUCCAAACGCCACAAUUUAUCACGUGAUCGUUGAGCUCUCCGUGAGUAUUGCACCGUCGACAUGUUCUUUUGAUUUGCGUCGAUGGAUCAGAGUGAGUAUGAAGGCCGCGUACUCCUUUGAGCCUCCUCAGAUACAGAGUGGCAACCUCCUGACAAACACCAUGAUUUGAACUAUAGUAGCUUCCUUGCAAUGCAUCAUAUCCCACCUUCACUACCUAUCCGAAGCGCGGCUCAUGAUUUGCCUUGCUUUCUCCGUCUCUUCACCAAACAGAUCCAGUGUCUUAUACAUCCUGUCGCCAUCAGCGAUAUGUGAAUAAUGCAACUAAAAGGCGCUCGACAUUAGUCAUGCAAUGUUGAAAUCAUCUGCACCGUACAUUUCCUUCCAUAACUUUUUGGGUUCUGCCGAUAUCGAUAUAAUAACAUGUUCAGGAAACCCCUUUGUGCUGAUCCCAAACAUAUAUACACUGCAAGUUCUUCGCUAAACUCCUCCACAUCAAAUAACACUGGUGUUUCAUUCAUUCCUGUCACGAACUUUCGUGUGCCGCGAUAUGACAGCUCGUAUAUCAAGAAUUCUCCAAUUACUGUUUGUCCACAAUUUACGCACGCCCGGCAGUCGCACUCGAAUCUAUCUACCCUGUGUUGGCGUUACCAGCGCCGCACUACCCCCUCUAAUUUCCUUAUUGCUCAUUCGUUGAUCGCCACACAUUCGAUGUUAUAAUUUUCGACACUUUCUAGCAUGCUAGAGUCACUGACUAAAACAAUUUUGCGCACUACAAUAGCUCGAAAGCCUUCUAAAGUGGAUAUUCACUAAAACGAAGUAUCGAGUUUUAGC